UUUCGCCACCCGAUUAGAGAGACUGCUAGACGUUAAACAGAAUGAAGUAGCCGCUUUUGAAGCGAUAUAGUCUAUAACAAAUCUAGAAGAUACGCGUCCAGCAACGGAUCGCGUGCGUCGUUUCGUUCGUCGUCGUCGAUCGUGAUCGUGUCGGUCGGUGUUUGUGCCUUUAUACACUUUCACGGAUAUUUCUGAAUAAACACAUGGAAGACUCACUACGAAUAGAGAGUCCAUUCGGUUUUUAAACCUAUUCUUUUUUUGUUUGUUUUUGUUUUUCGAAACUUUAUGAAUAACAAAAAACUAAAUUUUAUAAUGAGUCUUAAUAAAACGAUGUGUUGUAUAUAUUCGAACCUAGAAACAAAAAAAUUAUGCCAGCAGUUAAUUUUAUAGAGCUUAGGCAUAAUAAUUAAAAAAAUUAAUAUUUUCAGGAAAAAUCGAAAACGAAAAUAAACAGACCCCCAAAACACAUACAACUCAUAAAUAAUGUCAUCGUCGAAAUGAAAAAUGUUGAAGUGGUUAAGAAUUGAUAAAGGCCAUUUUCAUAGCGAUUUCCAUCAUUACCAUCAUCAUCGAAAUUGUAAUAAUAAAAUUAGCAGUUAUUAUGAUUAUUGGACUGUGAAAUAUAAAAAGGCUAUUUCGACGCAAACGAAAGUGUUAAUUCUAUUAAUUACUUAUGUGAUUUUAAGUGCACACAUUAUUUCAAAAUCAAAUGCGCAAUCAUUGAAUCGAACUACAAAUAAUAAUAAUAAUAAUAAUAAUGUUGGAAAAGAUGCAUCAACUGCAAGCUAUGAAGAGUUUAUAUUUGAACAUCAAGUAACAAGACAAGAUGCAAUUGCAGCAUUGCAAAAAUUAAAUCAAAGUUUUUUCGAUGGUCCAUCAGCAAGUACCUGUAAAUCAAUAACGUGCACAAAAAAUGUAAUGAAAUACUGUUUGGGACCGCAGUUUAUAAAUGAUCAUUGCUGGUGUGAACAAGGACAUGCUAAUGAGGGAUUGCCAUUCAUUCCACACAUAUGUUAUGUUGGUGAAAAGCAGUACCAAGCAUCGGUUGGAUCAUGUUUUUUCUAUGAGGAAGUAAAGGAAUGUUGCUGUGCUCCAGCUUUGGCAAAACGAUGGAAACAUAUCUCAGCUGGGACGAUGAAUGCAGCAUAUCCUCCAGCAAUUAUCGUUGCUUUGGCAUUUGCAACACAUGUGCUUUUAAACCAUUUUCAUUAACAAUGAAUAGACAAAAUAGUGGCUUUUAAAACAAAAUAAUAAUAAAAAUAUUUUGUAUUUUUUUUUAAUUUUUAUUUAAGACUGUAAAAUAUUUUGUAAGACAAAUUAUAAUGUAAUUUAAGAGAAAAUUUUAAUUUAUUUAUAUACAUAAAAGCUGAAUAAAUGGUGUUGUUGGUACCACUUCAUUCCACAACAACAUGAAAUGUUGUCUGGAUAUGGUGCAUUUGGGUAAAUUAAAAAAA